GUUUCCGCUCUGGCUGUUCUCUGAUUUAGCCGAAAUUUUAGCAAAAGUUCUCUGGAUUAAAAAUAUCACACUGAUGCUUUUCUAGAACCAAAUCGUGAACAGAUAUUAAAUCACGGCGAUAAUCACUGCUUGGAGGGGCGUGAGGAUAAACGAGUUGGUGCCCAGUUUCCAGGAGUUUUGCAGGAGUUUACGGCUGACUUCAGUUGGUGGACGUGUGUGUAGAUGUGUGACAGCGGAGUGUGUGAAGACAAGCCCCCCGCCCCCCCUGUCAGGAUGAGCAGCCAAGGAGGAGCCAAAGACCCACUGUCAGCCAAUCACACUCGGCCUCUGCCCUCAGUUCCGGAAGAGAGAAAGUCCCGGAACAAAAUCAUCUCCAUGUUUGCCUCAGAGAAGGGAGGCAGAAAGAAGGAGCGUGACAAGGAAAGACCUGAGAUCUCCUCCCCCUCAGACUUUGAACACACCAUUCAUGUGGGCUUUGAUGCCGUCACAGGAGAGUUCACUGGCAUGCCAGAACAGUGGGCCCGUCUCCUCCAGACAUCAAACAUCAGUAAAUCGGAGCAGAAGCAGAAUCCUCAGGCUGUCCUAGACAUUCUCAAGUUCUAUGAUUCAACCAGCGGCAAACAGAAAUACCUCAGCUUCUCCUCUUCAGACAAAGAUGCACAAUCGCCAGGGAAGCAGGGUUCGGAGCAGUCGCCAUCAGGAGGAAAGGGUGCGGACGAUGAUGAGGAUGAUGACGAAGCUCCGCCUCCCAUCGUGGCUCCGAGGCCGGAACACACGAAAUCGGUGUACACCAAGUCUGUGAUUGAACCCCUCCCGCCGGUAGAGGGCGACGCAGCUGCCAAGGCAGCAGACAGACAGAGGAGAAAGGGCAAGAUGACCGAUGAAGAGAUCAUGGAUAAACUCAGAACGAUUGUCAGUAUUGGAGACCCCAAGAAGAAGUACACACGCUAUGAGAAGAUCGGCCAGGGGGCGUCUGGUACGGUGUACACAGCCAUCGAUGUUGCCACUGGUCAGGAGGUGGCUAUCAAGCAGAUCAACCUGCAGAAGCAACCCAAGAAGGAGCUGAUCAUCAAUGAGAUCCUGGUCAUGAAGGAGAUGAAGAACCCCAACAUUGUCAACUUUGUUGACAGUUUCCUGGUGGGAGAUGAGCUGUUUGUGGUGAUGGAGUAUCUGGCAGGAGGCUCCCUGACUGAUGUGGUGACUGAGACAUGCAUGGACGAGGCCCAGAUCGCCGCUGUCUGCAGAGAGUGUCUGCAGGCUCUGGAGUUCCUCCACGCAAACCAGGUGAUUCACAGGGACAUCAAGAGUGACAACGUGUUGCUGGGCAUGGACGGAUCCGUCAAACUCACUGAUUUUGGCUUCUGCGCCCAGAUCACUCCAGAGCAGAGUAAGCGUAGCACCAUGGUGGGCACGCCCUACUGGAUGGCCCCAGAGGUGGUGACCCGCAAGGCUUACGGGCCCAAGGUGGACAUUUGGUCCUUGGGCAUCAUGGCCAUAGAAAUGGUGGAGGGAGAACCUCCAUACCUCAACGAGAACCCCCUCAGGGCUUUGUAUCUGAUCGCCACCAAUGGCACCCCUGAGCUGCAGAGUCCAGAGAAGCUGUCUCCUGUCUUCAGAUCUUUCCUGUCCCGCUGUCUGGAGAUGGACGUGGAGAAACGUGGGGGUGGUCGAGAGCUGCUGCAGCACCCGUUCCUGAAGCUGGCCAAGCCUUUAUCAAGCCUCACCCCUCUCAUCCUGGCAGCAAAGGAGGCCAUGAAGAGCAACCGCUAAACUAGCUAGCCAAGGAAACUUGGCUAACUUGGCCUGCCUAGCUAACUUGGCUAACCCACCUGAGCUAGCUAUCCUCGUUGACAAUUGUGCUAACUUUGCUAAUUACCAGAUUACAGCUUGUUCGGUGUAGAUUCAUAGAAGAUAUCUGACAUCUGAAGGACUGUAUUAGACUGUUUACUGUCCUUGUCACACCUAACUUCUUAAUCCUUUGCCAAAACUUCUAGCAAAAUGUUUUUAGAGGCACAAGCCAGUGAAAAACUCUACAUUUGUAAUUUGCGAUAAUUCAGUUACUGCGACCAAAGGUUGACACUGUUCAACAAGCUAACGGUUGACACUCUUAAUUAUAUCUAGUUAGCCAUAAUGGUUUAAUGUCUAGAAAUACUGGCUAUGUGUUAACAUUCCUGGCUACCUGCUAGCAUUCGUGAUUAUCUGCCAACUUUCCUGAUCACUGCUCUCAUUACUGGUUUGCCAUGGUCCCUUCUUAGCAUUGGUAACAUUGCUGGUUAGAUCCAUUAGAUCCCAGCCUUUUUGCUGAUCUAGCCCUGUCAUGCUAACACCCAAGUGCCUCUUCUUCACUGACAGGGUUGCUUCCACAAUGCUAGCACAAUGUUAGCACCAUUAGCCCGUGCCUUUUAAACACACAUAGAACCAUGCUAGCACUCCUCACACCACCUCCUGAACCCCCUCUAACACAUCCCUGUCACCUUCUACUUUCAAAACUCCCCUCCAAGUGCCUCACAUACACCAUACACAUAUAUCUUCACACACAUACAUACAUUACUCUUAUUCUACACACUAUACAUACACAUAUAGCAAUCCCGGUAUUUCAAAUUUCCUACGUUGUGUAGAUGCCUUAAAUCAUGUAGGAUUGUGCCUGAACUGGAACAUUUCUGUAACUGUUCUGUCUGUUUAUCUUGUCAUACUAUAUCUCAGAUGCUACACGGUGGUUCUACUUUUCAUGUUUGUAUAUGCGUUCCAUUUCUGUUCUUACUAAAUACCAAUCUAAGAAACUUACAAAAUCGAAAAAUGUUUAAUUGGCUGUAUGACAAUAAUGUGUCAAAGUCAAAUAUUUUGUAGGCCAAACCCUGUUAAAAUCUGGAAUCUUUUCAAGCUUUUAUAAGUCUGUAUAAUAUAUCUUUUUUUAUGUGUAACUAACAAUUUGAUAGGUGACCGUAUUGUGAUGUGAUGUUUUCACCUGUCUCAGAUGGUGCCAUGGUGUUGUGUGUGACCCCUAAGCUGUUACAUGGAACUUUCUAUGGCAAAUCAUAGAGCAGACAUUCCAACUCGGAAGUCAAAUGGUGUCUGAUGAAUACAGGAUCCCUUUAGUUAUAGUUUGUUUUUUCUUAUUCAUGAAACCGAGAACUUCUACUGAGAAGAAAAAUCAUUGAAACAGUCUGCAUAAAUUAUGAAUAAAGAUAGACUUGAAAAUA